AUGAGACUCCAAUCUUUCGCACUCCUUGUGGCCCAACUUUCGUGGACCGUCGCCGCCCAGUCAUGGGAUGUCGAGCCGCCUUCCACCGCAGAUCCUAAUACGCCAUCGGACUGCACUUGGUGGCAUGUUGCCGAAGCCUCUGAGACUUGUGAGCUGAUUGCAACCUCUUACGGUAUUGACGUUUCAGACUUCAUCUCAUUCAACCCCUCUCUGGCUACGUCCUGCAAUCUUGUUACCUCCAACUCCUAUUGCUUGGAGAGAAACUGGGGGAUUCCUCCCGAAGUGCCGGUUACCACCACCACCACCAGUGCCGCCUCGACGCCGACCAGCGAUCCCGGAAAUGGGGUCGUGACGCCAACUCCGAUCCAGGACGGCAUGACCAAGAGCUGCAAUAAGUUCUAUUUCGUCAAGUCCGGAGACGGAUGUGCAAACAUCGCCAGCAACAACGGCAUCGCUCUUGCAGACUUCUACAGUUGGAACCCAGCAGUUGGAAGCACGUGCGGCGGUCUCUGGGCUAAUGUGUAUGUUUGCGUCGGUAUUGUUGGCGGUGGAACAACCGUCACGACCCAGCCACCGGCAUCGACAACUGCUCCCGGUAACGGUAUUUCUACGCCGGCUCCCAUCCAGGAUGGCAUGACGACCAGCUGCAACAAAUUCUACUUUGUAAAGGCCGGAGACGGAUGUGCCACCAUCGCCAGCAGCAACAGCAUCGCCCUGUCCGAUUUCUACUCCUGGAACCCGGCCAUCGGGGGUACUUGCGGAGGACUCUGGGCUAAUGUCUACGUCUGCGUCGGCGUCAUUGGCGGCAGCAGUCCUACCACUACGACCUCAUCGGCAUCAACCACGACGGCGGCUGGCAACGGUAUCUCCACCCCUACGCCCAUCCAGGAGGGCAUGGUUGGUAACUGCAACCGCUUCUACAUGGUCAAGACGGGUGACGGCUGCGCGUCAGUCGCUUCGGCUAACGGCAUCCCGCUGUCCGACUUCUACAAGUGGAAUCCCGCCGUGGGUGACACCUGCGCCGGUCUCUGGGCCAACGUCUACGUCUGCGUUCGCGUGAUCGGAUACACAGCCCCGGUCACCACCACGACGGCUCCGCCAACGACGACCACGGCGCCGGGCAACGGCAUCAGUACCCCCACGCCGAUUCAACAGGGCAUGGUCGGUAACUGUAACAAGUUCUACAAGGUCAAGAGUGGAGAUGGUUGCGCGGCGAUUGCAUCUAGCAACGGUAUCGCCCUCGCCGACCUGUACAAAUGGAACCCGGCUGUUGGCAACACGUGCGCUAGCUUGUGGCUGGACACCUAUAUCUGCGUUGGCGUCGUCGGCUCGACACCACAACCUACUACAACUACUACUCUGGCAACGACCACCAGAUCUGGCAAUGGGGUCGCGACGCCCACGCCUAUCCAAGACGGCAUGACCAAAAACUGCAAGACCUUCCAUCUGGUCGUCGGUGGUGACACGUGCUACGAUAUUGCGGCUAAGGCGGGCAUCACCCUGAGCAACUUCUACGCCUGGAACCCAGCGGUCGGAAGCAGCUGUGCAAGCCUUUGGGGCCAGUACUAUGUCUGUAUUGCAGUACUCUGA